AUGUUUUGUAAGAUCGUGAAAUCACAAAUCUUCGACAUUGAAAUCUUCAUGAUGACGAACACACUGCGGAAGAUGAGCGAGUUGCUGGGCAGUCGCGUCAGUGCACAGACUUAUUACGCAAAGCUGGAACGGCCGCUGUGCUUGAUCAUAGAGGAUCUGGCUCCUUUGAACUUUCGUAUGGCCAAUCGUCACACUGGCCUCGAUAAGGAACACGCGACACUGGCCGUUCGAGGAUUAGCCAGGUUCCACGCAGCUUCAGUUGCUUUGUGCGACAAGGAGCCGAAACAAAAGUUAAUAUAUUGGAGAGGGAUACUCAACGAAGAGACUCCAGAAGAAUUAUCACAAUUCUUUAAAGCUGGCGUUCUUGGUCUUGCAGAUGAAGUAGAAAAAUGGCCACAAGACGGAAAAAGGUACGCGGAGAAAAUUAGGAAAUUCGCCGAAAAGGCACACCGUGUGGAAGUCCAGGCGCUGAAACGCAAAGACGACGAGUUCAACGUCAUAAAUCAUGGGGACUCGUGGACGAACAACAUGAUGUUCCGAUACGACAAAAAUGGCAAGCCUGUCGAGCAUAUUUAUGUGGAUUUCCAGCUCUGCCUCUACAGUUCGCCAGCGGUCGACCUGCACUACUUGUUCAACUCGAGCGUCUUCGAGGAAAUCGACGAGAACCUCAGUAGCGAAGAUCUGCUCGAGGAGUACCACAAAACUCUGGUCGCCACGAUGAAACAGCUCAAUUGCAAAACGCAGCCGCCCACUAUGAAGGAACUAAAGAGGACCAUGGACGAACGACUGGCCCACGCGAUGGUAUCGUCAUUCAACAUACUGCCAUUCGCUCUGACCGAGAAAGAGGAAGUGAAGACCAUCGACGACGUGAUAAGGGAGAAAGAUAAAUUCACAAGUCCCGGAACAAGGAACCCGACGUUCCGGAAGAUAUUGUCGAAACGACUAAAAAAAUUCGAAAAGGCAGGCCUUCUAGAUUAA